AUGGAGAUAGAACCUGCAGAAAGCACCUCUGAGUCCCGGACGAGCUCUCAGGAUAACUUUGACUCGUUCUCGUCCACCAAAGUCAGGCACUUGGAUUGCGGGGUGGAGUAUGAGUUUGACCUGGAGGCCAGUUUAAUGGGCCCUGAGAGACUGCGCGGUGGCGAGCUAAUGGCGCCCCCUGGAGGCGGCGGGAGUCAGGCGCAGCCUCCACGUGCUGGCGAGGGCAGAACAGGAUGGUGUCUGAAGCUUAAUUCUCCAGCUAAGUCCAAGAUCAGACCCGAACAUCUGGAACACGCGAACCUUCCCGAUAUCGACUCGGAGCACCCUCCUCAUGGCAGUCACUAUCCCUCUUUCUCUACAGCUCUUCAGACCACCAUAUGGAGGUGGAUUUCUGGGAUCUUAGGAGUAACGUGCCUUUUGUUGAUGGCUACUUUGGGAAUUGUAUUGAAAAACAGUUAUGUGAAUAGUUCUUGCCCAGAAAGAUGGGUCGGAUAUCAAUGCAACUGUUACUUCUUUUCCAAUGAAUUCAAAACAUGGAAGGAAAGUAGGAAUUUCUGUGAAUCUCAUAAUUCUACUCUACUUCAGAUGCACAAUGGAAAUGAAUUGAAUUUUAUGAAGUUUAACAAAUACUUUUACUGGAUUGGCGUCACCUACAGUGCAGAACGCAGAACUUGGGUGUGGCUGAAUGGCUCAUCUGUCUUGUCCCUGGAUCUACGAAGGGGUGUUCAUCCCCUUGCCAACAGUAUCUGUAGAUCUCCACUGGGUGCUCAUGAAAUUUCAGAAGACCUGAGAGGCCCCCUUCUGCGGCUGCUUCUACAGGAACUGAAGACAUUUGUGGGUGUAGUGGGUAAGUCUGGGGACCUUCCAUGCUGUGUACAACAAGAGGUUACUGGCUGUCCGGAGGUACAAUCAUCACGUCCAAUGGAGGACUGGAUGUCUUGGAUUCAGGACCCAGAUAAAGAUAAGCUGCCUCUGGAGAAGGCAUAUCAAUGUUCCACCCACCUGUUCCUCCUUUCUCUCUAG